AUGACCGUUACUUUACGGGACGUUGCCAUGCUGACCGGGCUCCCGAUAAGGGGCACCCCGUUUAACAUGCAUUAUGACAUGAAGGAUGUAGGGCUCUCCAUGUCAUGGAUUCAUGGCCUACCACAGUUCAGCCCUUGCCCACCGGAUGCGGACGAGGCAACAGCUAUGCAGCAUUAUGAGGUGUACUUGUAUAUCUUGCUUGGAGGCAUAAUGUUUUGCAACACGGCAAGUGAUUAUGUACUUCCGCAUAUUUUAUGGUUAGCGCGUGAGCUCACAUCACGUCCGUACGAGCCGACACAUUACAGUUUGGGAUCUGCUGUGUUGGCUGCUACAUACAAAGGAUUGUGUGCCGCAACCCAACGGUCAACAAAGAUGGGAUCUAUUUCUGGUUGCCUACACCUUCUACAGCUCUGGAGCUGGGAUUAUCUCCCGGUGUGUCGACCGUGGGUGAGCAAGACCUACUAUCCAGUUCCCAUCUCUGACGGCGUCGCCGACGACAUGAGGCCAACGAUGGGUUAUAGGUGGCUUCAUGCCAGGCUGCGAUGGAGUCACCACCAAGACCAUGGAAACUACUCCUGGGUGAUCAGUGACCUUGAUGUCCUCAGUGCCGAUCUUGUGGAGUGGGAUCCAUGGCGUAGUGAACGAGUGGCCGAAAUUGCGACUAGCGGCCUCAUCGCACCAUCUUGUUUCCGUGACUCCGACCUAUGGAUGACUAGAUGUUUUCUGCUUUAUAUGAACAAUGUAGAAGUGUAUUCUCCUGACCGUGUGCAGAGGCAGUUUGGUCAUCGUCAGUUGGUGCCAGUACCUCCCCCACGAGACGCUGGUCAGGCGCACGAGAGGAGUGCCCAAGGAAACGCAAGCACCCACGACUGGGCGGAGAUUAAUGCAGAACACAUAACCCGGUGGAUAGAGUCUGGUGCAGUGGAUGUCGUCGUUCCUGCGGGACAGUACGACGAUAGCUCGUACUGGGAGUACCUUGCGUGGUAUCAAUCACGAACGCGUCCCACCUUACUCAGCGGCAGCGUACCGCCAGCCCCUAGACCCUUCCCCGAAGAUCGUGCCCGGCUUCUACAUGUGGUGGGUGCUAAUAUUGCAGCAAAUCUAACUGGUAAACAAGCAUCGCCUAAUGCGCCGGGCUGCUGGACGUGCCGAUGCUCGAUCGCGAAGGGCGGUGGCAUGACUUCAAGUGCGUGGUGCCAGGACACAGGCUUGUACCGCCAGACCGGGGCGGCGGAGUGCAAGCGGUUCAUGGUUGACAGCAACGUGGUGCGCGACGUCGCGGAGCUGUGCAAGGAGCUGUUUAUUAAGGUGUAG